AUGGCGCAGAGCCGCACCACGGAGCACUGCGUCCAGAUGCCUGCUCAUGGCGCCGGCCAAGGCAAGACCGCCGCGCCCACACCGGAGAAGCAGCUCAACUGCUUCGUCCGCUGCAUCGCGCUGAUUGAAAGGUUGGGCAACGCCCUCGGCACGCUGGCGUUCACCUGGGCAACCGUCGUCCUGUUGGGCGGUUACCCGACGGCGCUCAGCUCCAAGGACUUCCGGUAUGCAACAGCCAUAGUUUCCCUUGAAGCCGCAAGGAUGUUCAGCCGCAACAACAGACUGGACUACCAGCUAUUAUUCCGCACCAGAGGUGCAGUUAGGCCUCUUGGAUGGAAUGGGCUGACCGUCAUCGUUCCAGCAGCAAUCAUACGUAUCGUGCUCGCAUCAUUGCGUCUUGGAUCACAUUCUUACUAUGGUGAUGAUGGCCAUCUUGAUAAGAGAAACCCAGGGGACAAGACAAACCUUGUCCCAUCUCUAAAUAUCUUCUAUGGGAUGGUGCUCGGCCAAGGGGCACUCUACAUUGCAGCCUGCAUGCUCGAUAUCUUUUCAUUCAUCCCUCAGAGAUCCCUUGCUCGCCAAGGUGGAUAUGCAGAUGAUGAUCGGUUGCUAAGGAAGAUCUCCGGGCAAGCGUUGACAAUGUUGGCAAUGGACAGUGUCAACAACUGUCUGACCAUGUUAAGGGAAACAGGGUAUGUAUUCAUUAAGGAACUCACAAGUAUAAUCCGUGUUGACAGGUACAGAUGCGUGGCAGCAAGUUUGUUGAGAAGUAUGUGCCUGCAUGCCCAGCAAGAGCUUGAAGAAUCAGACCAAAGAGAACUAUCUUACGCCUUGCGAGAGGUGUUAGAAAGAACAUUGAUUGCAGACGGGGCAGAACUAGAGAUUUUCAUUGGCCUUAGUUCGCAGAUAUGCAAAGUGAUCCCAGAAGACUUGGCCAAAGAACUAGAAGACAGUCAUAUCAAGCAAAGAUUCGUGAUGCGGCUCGUCGACGUGCUGAACUCAUACACAGAGCCCAGCCCUCAUUGCCCCGGGAUCAGGAGGGUGAUACUCGAGCAAGCUAUAAACAUGAUGGAACAUGACUCCCGCUACACCAACUGCUUCAUCGAUCGCCACAUGGCGGAAGCACUGUCCAUGGUGGAAGAGACAGUCUCGGAGGCCGAGAACUACAGCCUCUUCCUGGGCGAUGUAGGGCUCAUGGAAGCCCGCGAGCCUUUGUCCUCUCUUAUGGCGAGGGCCAAACAGCUGCUGGCCGUCCGUUGAAGUUGACACUUUGAACAGCCAUCAUGUAUACAAGUUGUAGUUGUGAUGCGGAUAUUAUUUUCUCUGCUGCUGAGUCCUGUUUAUUUUAUACUUGACUUCCUAGGUUUAGAGUUGGUGGUAUGAAAGUGAG